AUUCCACACAGGAAGGUCACACCAUCCCUCACCAUCAUCAGGGUGAAGAACCAAAAGACGUCAAAGCUGAGAUUAAAGUGGAAAAAGAAGAUACUUUUGUCAGUGGAGAUCAGCAGUCUAUGGACGAGGGUGGUCCUCUGUUGUCCAGGAAUUCUACACAGGAAGAUCUCCACUGUACAGAGAAUGAUCAGAAUGAAGAACGGAAAGACAUCAAAGUUGAACAUAAACACGAAGAAGAGACAACAUUGAAUGGAAAUCAGCAGUCUAUGGAGGAGGGGGAGAUGAUUAUGGAAAGUAGACCGGAGGAAUCUUCUCUACAUAUCAACACAAGUAUGUCUGAAACUCCCUCAGCCAUGAUGACGCGGCGAAGAGGCAAAAGUAGCCGGGAUAGCCGGAAGCAGAAUUUAACCUGGACGCCACAGGAGAACCGAGUCCUGGUGACUCAUACUGUGCCCUAUUACGCAGAACUGUGCGGUACCAGGGCGCGGCGUUUGAACCCGGCCGAGAAAAAAAACAUUUGGCUUGUUAUUGCCGAAGCUGUGAACGCUGUCGCACCACAACGGAGGGACUGGACGCACUGCAGGCGGAAGAUUAACGACAUUAAAAGGAGCAUCAUCCGCAAAUACCGGGAGCGUCGUAGGGCUUCCAGCCAGAGUGGGGUAGGAGCCUCGCCAGACCCCAGCCUGACAGAUUUUGAAAAGGAUUUGGAGAUUGUCCUGCAAUUCGACAUAUUGACGGGAAUCCGGGGAGAUUACGAUACGGAUAUUAUGGAAGACUUGGCUGGUGGGCCUGGUGAAUCUGAUAACGGGUCCUCGGCUUCUGACCAAACUGACGUUAUACUGACUGACACAGAGGAGGUGAAUGCCAACCAGGAGGAUUUCGAGGAGCUGGAAUAUCCCCAGACAUCAGAUCUCCAACCUGUAGAUGAAACGGGAGAUGGACCAAAUGAAAACCCAUUUGUUGGACUAUAUAAAGCAUCGCCCACACAGCUGUCUCCGGCUCCUUCUCCGUCUGUGCCAGCAAGUCCCGCAGCACCUUCGCACCGCCCUGAGAAAGUGGCACCAACUACGAGUGGAAGAUUGAGACGUCGCCAUCGGCAGAUGCGGCAGCUGAUGGAAAUCGAGAGACGGAAGCUGCUUGCAAAUAGACGAAUGCUGCGUCUUAGGGAGGCCCAAUUCCAGGAGCAAAGGCGCCACUACAAGGCCAUGGAAAGGGCCUUCAAUACACACAUACAGCAGCAACGUGUCAUCAUGGAGCAAAUGACGGACAGCCAUGCUGCACUCAGGCAGGCGGUGGACAUCCUGGGCCAGGCCACUCUUUUAUUGCAGGGGCGUCAGAGGGUGGAGGAUGCUCCUGCUCCUCAUCCUUCUGACAAUAGCCGUGUAUGUCGGCCUUCUGCUACAAGUCGGCCUGUUAAAAGGUUGCGAGGGCGGCCCAGACGAUCGAGUCCAAUCCAGCCCUAGAAGCACGUUUUUUGUUGUUUCUGAUGUCUAUACUAUAAUCUUCGAACAACAUAGAGCUUCGCUCCAAGCGCUGAGGAUUGUUCUCCUGUGAUCCACCACAAGCUGGUGCCGGCGUCUGCUGUGGUCAUCCGGGUCCACUAUACAAAAUUAAGUAGGGGCACCACACUCCAUACAGCCCUGGUACUAUGCUAAAUCAAAAAGUGGCCUCAUCCUAGGC